CAGUUUUUAAAUGAGAAAAAGAAAAGGGUCAACAGAUUUUCUACCUUGCCCUCGCCUACCACUGUAAGCUUGGCGGCAAUCUCCCCAUUGGCCAGGAACCACACUUCUGGUGGCCCCGGGGUCGCCAAGACAGAUCUCCAAGAAACUUUCUAAAGGACCUUGGAUGUGACAUGCAUUGGACACGGAGAUUAGAAUGGAUUUAAGGAAGCAGAAGAUCGCCACGGGCCAGUAAACGAGUUCUGGAGAGGCUAGAACUCAACAAUUGUCAGGUUUCUCCGGAAGAUCGAUGGACUUGGCCCAGCCUUGGAAGGAGAAGUUGACACGAGGGUGAAGUGUUGAAGGAGAGGAGGAGAGGCGCUGUGUCGCACCCAUGUCACUGGCCAUGAAAGCCCGGCAGAAAGUGAAGCGGAAAGGACCGGCGAAAGAUCGGGUCUUUGGCUGCGAUCUGGUGGAACAUCUGCAAUCAUCUGGCCGUGACAUUCCCCACGUCCUGAAGAGCUGCACAGAGUUUGUGGAACAGCAUGGAAUCAUAGAUGGCAUCUACCGGCUCUCCGGAGGCUCUUCAAACACCCAGAAAUUAAGAAUGGAGUUCGACAAUGACCGGAAUCCUGAAAUCAACAAAGAGGUCUAUCUGAAGGACAUUCACUGUGUGAGCUCCCUUUGCAAAGCUUACUUCAGGGAGCUGCCCAAUCCACUCCUGACCUACCAGCUGUAUGAUAAGUUUGCGGAAGCAGUGGCCAUCCAGCUGGAAGAAAGCCGCCUGGAGAAGAUCAAGGAAGUGCUGAAGGAGCUACCAUCACCUCACCACCGAACCCUGGAAUUCCUCAUGAAGCACCUGGUCCACAUGGCUUCGUUCAGUUCCCAGACCAACAUGCACGCCCGGAAUCUCGCCAUUGUCUGGGCCCCCAACCUGCUCAGGUCCAAGGACAUAGAAGCUUCUGGUUUUAAUGGCACUGCAGCCUUCAUGGAAGUCCGGAUCCAGUCCAUAGUGGUGGAGUUCAUCCUGACCCACGUGGAGCAGAUAUUUGGAAAUGCUCCUCUGUGCAGUGGCACCCGUGAGGCCAUCAGGAGAUCCCUGCUAGCUCUGUCACCAGGGGUCCUACCUGAGUACUGCACACCCUACAAUGUGCCCUCGAUGCUGAACCAGGGGGAUGGGCCUCCCCAGAUGAGACCCUACCACACCAUCAUCGAUCUCGACGAAAGCAAAAGAAAAGGGUCCGUCAAGGCCAAGAAAUGGAGGUCCUUCUUCAACCUAGGACGAUCCAGCCAUGACUCCAAACGCAAGUUGAAUAAGGCGGAAGACAAAGAUUACAAACUGGGUAAGAUGCGCCUACGCCCAGCCAAAAGCAUGGACUCCCUCAGCUGCAUGGCAUCUGUCAAUGACAACGAUGCUCGCCUGGGGGCCGAGAUACCUCCAAAACACGAGUGUUUUGAUGGCCCAGUUUCCCUUGACAGCAGCUUCUCCGAAUCCGCCUACAUGUCCGCCAAGAGCAAAUGCGAAGACACGCAGGAGGAAGCCACCAAGUCAGAACCCACCACCCCCAAACUCAGCAAAUCCGGUCUCAUCGGGGGAACCUCUCAAGGACGGUCACCCAAGAGCUCCAGUAACCGGGCUGAGAAAUGUGCCGGAGUCCAUAUCUCAGGACCUUUCUCGGUCACCGUCCCCUUCCACAUCACGUCCAACCUUACUUUGUCCAGGCUGACCAGAGGUCUGGAGUGUCCAGCGCUGAGCUACUACGGCUUGGAGACUCCGGAGGCCGGAGAAGACUUUCCCGGGGUGGAAGAAGACAAGGAGAAACUCAUGUGUGCCCUCCCUGCAAAUAAGGAGGCAGAUGAAGGAAGAAACGCCGAAGCCGAAAUGGAUGCUGAAGAGAGCCGGAUGUCUCUGGAGGUCGAGGAUUCCUUCUCGUUCCUGGACAGCCCCGAUGGCUGGAUCGACAACGUGCUGGAAGAAGAGCAGCUCCAGACGGAUUCCGGGGAAGGCCCCGAGCUUCCCCCACGCAGCUUGGACACCUUCCCGAGCAUGGAAGACGAUUUGGGAAGCGGGUUUAUGAACGAGAUGAUCGCAGCUGGGAUGGAGCUGGAGAUGUAUUCUAUGGUGCCACACCUGGAUUACCUGUCCAUAGAAGAAUGCAUGAAUGAGCAAUCGGAAGGAGAAGAUGACCAGUAUUAUCUUGCCAUGGGAUACAUUGAGGAAGAGACAUCUAAGGAGGUGGAUGCUGAAGAAGUCUACCUGAGCGCUUUUGAUGAUCUCAGCCCCAUAGCUAGCAAACUAGGACAUAUUCAGCAAUCCGACGUAGGUCAAACGCCUCACAUUCCUCCCCUAAACCUCACCGUGGAAGAUCAGACCUCCGAGAUGUCUACAGAAACCUUGGGUGAAGAGCCAAAGAGCUCACGGUUACCUGAACCUGGCUUGGAACCUCAAGCAGGUGAUGAGGAGAUUAUGACUAGGUCAACUGGUGACCUAGUUGUAACCAAGGACCCGGAUCCAAAAUUAGCCAAGCUUUGUGAAGUGGAAUUGGGUUCCAGGAGCAACACCAUUGAGAUGGAAAGAUGUCACCUGACUGACAAAGCUGAGGUAGAACCCAUUUUUUCAAUGUUGCAAAUCGAAGAUGCAAAUGUUGGAAGUGAGGUUGGGCUCUUUGCCCCCAAAACUGAAUGUCCUGAAGAAGUUGCUGACCCAAAAUCUCUGGAUUCCGAAUCUGAGGGGGGAAAUGCCGAGGAAAGUAAGGUGGAACCCAUUAUUUCGCCGUUGCAGAUAGAAGAUAGAAAUGGAGUGGAUCCCUUUGUCCCCAAAACUGGGUGUCCUGAAAACGUUGCCAGCCAAACACCUUGGGAUCCAGAGUCUGAAAACCAACCAAUCAAAUCAAGUACAGUAGAGAAGUGGCGACCUCAGAGCCCAUCUGAAAGUGAACAGGCUCCACAUCUUCCUUGCAACAUGAUAGUAGAAGUUCCUCCAGAGGUGGUUGGAAGAUGGAAGAAACCCUUGGGAGAUACUCUUGUGGUUGAAGAGACGGGAGAAAUGCCCCACGGAGAUGCCGCUUCUUCUGUGGAGGAUCUCAACUUACUUCAAAGUCCGAUUCCUUCUUUACUGGACAAUAAUUCCGAGAAGGUAAGCUUCCCAGCACCGAAUCCAGAGCAUACGUCUCCUCCUUAUUCCCCCGCACCUUUGUCUGACAGUUGCAUGGACUCUGAAGACUUCUCCCUCACAGCUUCUUCUCCAAAACCUUGCCUGGAAAAUCUUCUGCAGAAACUUCAGCCUGGAUUUCCCUUGGAAGCUUCGUCUGCUCCGAAACAUGAACUCUUGGAUGGAAGCGUCCACAUGAAGUUGACAUCUACCACACCCCGCGUUCAGCAAGUGAAAUCGUUCCCGGUGGUGCCCCCAAAGCCUCAAUUCGCUAAGGUGCCUCCUUCCUUAAAGCCAGUGAUUCCCAGCAAGGAACAUCUCACCACUGUCCCGGGGAAGACUUGUGAGAAUGGGACCAAGCAGGAACACAACCCAAGCUCUUUGAAAAGGCCUUUCCACCUGACCAGCUCAGACCACACCUCAAACAGCCACCAAAAGACAGAACGUUGUCCGACAUCUCCUAGCCCGUCCAGCUCUUCUGAGAAUUGUUGCAGCCUUCCGGAGACCCUCCUGAAGCAACGCAACUCCAUGCCGGUGAGCUUGGAGAAGUUCGGCAGGGACUGUAAGGAUGUGGAGGACAGCAGCCCUAAGCCACCUCCUUCUUCACGGGACAAAUGCUUUUCGUGGUCCAAGAGUGGAGACGUUGGAGGCGGUGGCCUUCAUUUCAUGCAGGGCAGUUUGGAGAAGCGGAGCAGCGGCCAACACGAUGAAGGGAAAGGAGCAGAAAGGCCCACCAAGGAGGGCUUGGAGGGCACCGCUCUCCAGAAGCAACGCUGGAACAACUGGCGUUAUAGCGGAAGCAUGUCGUUUGACGAGGCUGUGGCCCUCGCCAAGGAGAGGCACGUGGCCCAGGCUCCCAUGCGGAGAAUGCAAACCGUGGACAGUUCACACGGAGCGUCCAAAAUGGAGAAGACUGCUCCUGCCCUCAAGCCUGUUCUGUGGUCUCCUCAAAGGCCGCUGACUUGCAUGAGCCCAACUGGGCCUCCGGAAGCUCACCUUUUGGGAAAGGUGGCUUCUCCUCCAGGGUUGCCCGGCAGCAUCCCAGAAGGGGUGCGGCCACCGAGACUGGAAGGUUUCUCUCAGGACUUUCCCCUGAGGAGCAGAGGGAGCUUAUCCAAGAUAGGACGGCGCUUGUCCGUCUCUGACGAAGCAUGCUUCGGAUUGUCCCACGAGAAGAGAUGACUGGGGUCUUUUAACAGAUUGACAGAGUUGGAAGGGACCUUGUAGGUCAUUUAGUCCAACCCUCCCAUCCAAGAAGGAG